AUGCCAGAGACGGAGGACGCCAUCGGCGGCGGCGGCACGGAGUCGAAGCUGAUGACGAGUUCGUCAGAGAGAGGGACGCAAUCGAACGGAGGUCCAGAAGUUGCCGAGAGACCAACGCGAGCACAAAACUUGUGCUCGAUCUCCGCGUUGGAAACGAUUGGAGGUGGAGGGGGUUGGGACCAGCUGCGACUGGCGGCGCUCUUGGACGAGGCGACGUGCCAGAGGCAGAUGGCGGCGAGGCUUUGGGGAGGCGGAGCCGGAGCCGGAGCCGGAGACGGAGGCGGAAGUGGAAGGGGUGGGAUGCGCGGAGAAGAAACAGAGGAGGUCUCGAUUGUUAUCUCGAGCCGAGCCAAGCCAGCCGAGAGAACCAGCCUCUCCAUUUUCCGGCGGGUCCCUCACAGGACGCGUGUCGAUAUCUGGGUGACUAAUCAGGAGAGCAAUCCAAUGUCGCCAGAACCAAGUGAGAAACAGCGAAAGUCGGAUCAUGCAGAACCAUCAGCAGAAAAAGAAAAUCAGUUUGAGAAGGACUUUGUGCUCACUCUUUCUCCAACAUUUAUUGAAGAUGUUCGUUUAAGCGUUCCAUCAGAUCCUUCUCAAUCAAGAGGUGCUUCAGAAAAUUUCGAAGAGGAAGUGGAUGAACCCUAUUACCGACUGCUGCAAGCUGCAUUCAAGGGCGACUGGGAAUCCGCUACAAGAUUUUUCAAACAAGAUGCUGCUUCAAAAACGGCCAAAAUAACAAGCAGAUCAGAAACAUUGCUUCACAUUGCCGCUUUGAGUGCACGUGACCAAUUUUUGGAGAACCUGGUUGAGCUCUUGUAUCCGAAUCCAGAAGCGCUUGAAAUGGUUGAUUGUGAUGGCCGCACAGCCCUCCACAAUGCUGUUCUGUGUGGAAGGAUAAGGAUGGUGAAGACAUUAGUUAGAAGUAAUCCUAAGUUGACGCAACUUGCAGAUAAGGAAGGACGCGUUCCUUUGAGAAUAUCUGCUCUGGAAGCUUCCAUGCAUAAGGAUAUCACCUGGUUCCUGGCGAAAAAUACGACAGACGAUGGGCCAAGUCAUCCCUUCAGCAGUCCCGAUACAAUUGAGAUAUUAAUAGAAAUCACCAACGCUGGUCAUCAUGGUAAGAUCACCAUGACCAUUUAUCUCAAUUCCAUCUAUUUUUAGCUUCGUUCUAGACUGGCUUAGUUUCCUGAUCAACUUUGCUGGUGAAUGCCAAUAGAUAUCACCCUUUA